GACGUCAGUAACCGUCCAGGCCAGGUUUGUUAGAAGAUGCACUGAGGGUUAAAAUUCUAUCUCGUAUAUACGUUGUAGCUUAGGCUUCACCUGUGGAGAACGGUGCUCGGUUACUGUUCUGCUGAUUACGAGUUUGGAGGUUGACGUUCUCGGGAUGGUACUGUUUGUGCCUUGGCCUUGGAAGCUCUUCUAAUGUGCUCAAGACCAAUUUAGAAUGUUAUUGAAGUCGGGCUAGUCCCUUCUUCUUCUGCCGCUUCAUAGUGGUCAAUGCUUUUGCGCUGAUGGCACGCACAAGAUGAUUUGCCUGUAGAGUGAGCAUCAGAGGAAAAGUCAACAUGACUUGUAUUCGGGGGAAUAAUUUCGGCUAGGACUUGGAGAUAAGUGGGAAAAGUGCUUCUGGCGUGCCAUCUAUUCCGCCUCGAAUAGGCGCGGCAUGAUGAUUCGUGAUAGUGGAUGACGUUGGGAAAGGCGCAUCGAUCGUCGGCACACCAGUCGAAAGUGCAACUACGAUCUUGUGCCACCAUGUCUUGCGGUGGAUGUGGCUGCUGCCCCAAGUGCGGAUGCCAGGCAACUUGCACUUGCAAUCAAAGCAUUUGGUUAGAUUUCGAGAGCUAUGCAGACUUCAGUGGCGUAACCGGCGCGACCUUCACUGGUGCAGAGAUCGAUAUUUCUUGCGGCAGUUUGCAUGCCUCAAGCCAGUCGAUUGUUGCCAGUCACGGUGGCAAGUGCGUCAAUUGCGGCUGGCAUGCACCUGGGGGUUGUGCGUAGGAUCGCAGCCGGAGAUGCAACAACGGCACACCCAGAACCCUGUUGCGGGAGCGAAUGCGUCACCACCUCCUCGCUGCGGUGCACUUGUUGCAGGAGGGUACCGAAACCCCAUCUUAGCCAGACAGACACACAUACACACAUACACAGACACGAACAAAACACACCUUGAGAAGCGCUAGAUCUAUUUGUUUUGUUGCAAAUAAGCCCCACCUGCGGAUUGGAAUCUACUGAAGUCCCUUAGACAAGUCAAUAUGGUGUGAGCAUGGUGUUCAAGGGCUAGCCAGUUUGCAGAGAGAAACCCACUCCUUCGAGUAGACUCGCGCAUGCUUGACGUCGCUGCUGUGACUCUCGCAGCCUCCUCAAACUCUGUCAAACUCCGAAUCUACGAGUAACACUUGUUACAUGUUACGUGCAUAUUGCGCCACAGUUCGACAUCCAGAUUGCCGUCUUUUCCAUAUGUAAUAUACGGAACGUACCGCAAAAAAUACCCAGUUCCUCCUCUUUCCCCUUCA